UUCUUUUUUCAUGGGUUUGCGCACUCGCUUACGAGGAAAUGCAUUCUCAGAAACUGAACAUGUUUCAACUGUAUUCGAGACCCCAAACAUGGCUCUACAUGAUUCUAUGCUGGCUGUCGCCCAUAAUUCUGGUCAUGAUCAACACUGUCAUGCAUUUCCUGCAAUUUGAUUGGCUGAUGCAGAUCUACGGCGGCCAAUCAUGUUCAGUCAGUAAUGUGGCCAUCUUCCUGUUCUCGUCUGUGUUGCCGACUGCCAUCCUGGUGACGUUGAGUGUGUUCUUCCUCAUAGUGGCUCUGUACCACCACAAGCCCCCCUCCCCCACCUGGAGUGUGGAGACUGCAGAGUUCCACAGACGCUGGCUGUACGCCUCCCUCAUUUUUCUCUUCCUCACAGGCAUGACGUGGUGUCUGCACUUGCUCUACAACAUUGUGCAACUAGCCUACGCUUACUACGCAUGCAGCUUCGCACUCCAUAUCCAGAGCUCAGUGUUCGGAGUAAUCAUCGGCUACUUUAUGCGACUCGAACGAAUAUUCGAACAGGAGCAUCAACGUAGAUGGCGCGACGCUCUUUCCAAACGAAUGAUCCCAUAUCAUAAAAGUAGUCCCAACAAAUGCGCCACUUUGACCGUGAACCCUGCAACAUCCGUUAGCAUCAAGUCAUUGACUCCCUCACUUAGACAUAAAAGCGGGUUUGGUAAUAUCGGAACGCCAAACUUUGCAACCAAAUCAGCAACACUUGGGCCCCCGUGCAAACCAUUACGAAGCCUCAGCGACAACGGAGUUUUUAGUCUUCGCCCCGUAAAUUCAGGUGUGAAUCAUUUACCAAAUAUGUUACCAAGUCCAAUGGCUCGUUUUAACACGUUACAGAACCCGAGAAGUUUGGUACCGGUAUUUUCUCGGAAUCUGAAUAACCCAAAUUUAUCUGGAACGUGUCAAUUACGAGCAAAUCUGGACCGUUCGCCACUUGAUCGCGCUAGACGCGAAAGUCCUUCGGAUAUAACUUCGGAACAUAACGGCAACAAUUCGGAUUCGGAAGAAAACGCAUUUCUAAGCCCGAAUAACGACAACGCCUCGGCAGGCAGCAGCUCACUUUCCUCGAGCCAAUCCAGCACAUAUAAGCGAGUUACUUUCAGCCAAUCAGGACCACCCAGAACUGAAACAUCCAAUCAGAAUACAGAACAAACCAGCCAAUCAAAUGAGAACUCGAAUGCGUCUAAAGUCCAAACGCGGAUAAACGAAUCAGAUUCUUUUCGAAAUACAGAGCGAUUAAAUAUCGAAGAAAAUGUCAAUUUAGUGGUCGAGUUAGACUCUGAGCCUACCUGUAGUCAACUGAUUGGCCCAUAAAAAUACCCUAUAUUUUACAGGGUUGCUAUCAUUGAGUUUUAUUAUGUUUACCGCAAUUCUAGAAAUGCACAUAAUAAUGUUUCAUAAUUUCGAAUUAGAUUUAUUUCUUUGAAUGUUACAACAAAAAUUUAAAGCCGUCUAAUUA